GCCGACAAAGUUGAACAAAGACAGAAGAAGAAGCGGAAGAGACACGAUUCUCAGCUGUGGUUUUAAUUACAAGAUUCAUUUCGAAAAAAACGAGAUUCUCCUUGGCGGUUUCUUUGUCAACGCCGGGAAAAAUCGAAGAUCUGGUCUCAAGCAAGAUACCUAGCAUGGACGAAAAUACUAAAUCUGUAUCCGGAAAUGGUAGAACCGACCUGGUUAAAUUCAUUGCUGAUAGCCAUGCCAAGCUCAUGAAACCAGCUGCUCGUUAUUACUAUACACUUAAAGAUGCUAUGGGUUGGGGGAAAAGAAGAUAUACGGCUGUAAAAGAUGCAGACGACAUGGAAACAGGAGUAUUUGACAAGCCUCUUCCUUGCUUUGGUUGUGGAGUCGGAUGGUUCUCCUUUCUACUGGGUUUUGCGUUCCCACCUUUGUGGUACUAUGCUACGUUUCUUUACUUCGGGAACUAUUACCGCAGAGAUCCUAGAGAAAGAGCCGGCCUUGCUGCUUCCGCAAUCACUGCAAUGGGAUUCUCUCUUGUGUUACUCGUGGUUUUUGCUUUCCGUUGGUUUUACUAUCUUUGAGAUAUACGAGUAAACAUCUUAUAGAGUCUGUAUACAAAGGAGAGAAAAAAAGAAGGAAUAAAUGUUUGAUAUUGUAGCUACAUUUCUGUUCUUUGUAAUUAUUCUCAAUAUAAUUUAAAACUAUAUAUAAUUUAG